ACAAUGUUUAAAUGUUGUUUUAAACAAUCUAUCGAAAAGAAAACGAUAGAAAAUCAUAGUGAUCAUGAUAUGAUUCAACGAACAUACCGAAAUUCUGCAAGUAGUAUUAUUCGAAUAUUACUUUUGGGUACCGGUGAAUCCGGUAAAAGUACACUAAUAAAACAAAUAAAAAUUUCAUAUGUGAGGUUAUAUACAACUGAGGAAAAAAAAAGUUUUAUUUCCGAUAUUCGACAUACAUUACAUGAAAUUGUUUAUGAGAUAGCGAUUUAUAUUAAAAGAAAUAAUUUAUGGAAUCAAUUGGACGAAAAUACAUCUCAUAGUGUUAAUUAUUUAUUAAACUGGGGAGAAUUAGGACCAUCAACUUAUUUAAAGGAGUAUUUUGAUAAUGUUUUCCAAUUAUGGCAAAAUGCUUUCAUACAAUCAUCCAAGGAUAUUUUUUUUAGCUCUGACAUAAUUGAUUGUGGAAAUUACUUCUUAGGUCGAUUGAAAGAUAUAAGCAAACCAAAUUAUGUUCCAAACGAUGAAGAUAUAUUAAAAUGUCGUAAACCAACGAAGGAGAUACAAAAAAUAUCGUUUCGAAUGAAAUUACCUCGUGCUUAUGGAAAGUUGAAUCAAGAAUUUUGGAUGUUUGAUGUCGGUGGACAACGUAAUGAACGGCGAAAAUGGAUACAGACUUUUGCUGGAGUACAUGCGGUUUUGUUUUUAGUUGCAACAAGUGAAUUUAAUCAAACUUUGAGAGAGGAUAAUACACAAAAUCGAUUAAAAGAGUCCUUAACUUUAUUUCAAGAAGUUUGGACUAGUAGAUUUUUACUUUACUCUGGAUUCAUUUUAUUUUUAAAUAAACAAGAUGUCUUGAGAACAAAAAUUGAAAAUGAUGUACGAUUAGAAGAUUAUUUUCCAAAAUUUAAGGAUUGGAAACGUCAAAGGAGUCAUUUGAAUAAUUAUGAACAGGCAAAAACUUUUAUUAGAGAGGAAUUUAUGGUAAUUAUUUAUUUUUAUUUCAUAUUUUAAAACACGGUUCUGAGCUACCUGCAGAUUUUCGUUGAUAUAAAUUGUCUUAGGCCGAGCAUUAAUUGAGACGCUGUUUGGUGUGGUGACGUCACAAAAUUUUAUAAAGAUGGAGUUAAAGCUGAAACUGCGUACCGUAUUCUCACCAAGCUGCGUUUCAUUUGGCGUUCAGCAUUACUUAAUUCAUAUUAAAAAUAUGCACUAAACCAUUUCUAGUUGUACAUCGUAACAUUGAACCAAGUCUUUUUAAACGCUAUCUCAGACGUGCAAGUAAAUUGCUCUAGGCCUAUAUACUAUUUCAGGGGUGCCCAACCUGCGUUAUGCGAAUCACAUAUUCGGUUCUUUGAAGGAUUAUUUGUGGCUCUCAAUAAAUG